AUGGAAUCAAGAAAGAAUUUGCAGGCGAUGUCAGGUCCAGCGACUUCGUCUACGAACGUGAAUGAGCCAGUAUCAACAAGUGGGAAUGUUCCAGCUGGAGAUUCACCGGCGUCUGAAAAAUUAGCUGCGAGCACAGAAAACAACCCACUUGGUGAUAACACACAUGAGGAACAAACCAACGAUGUUUCGUCGCGAGCUAGCGGCUGGGAGUCCCCGCGACAGGAGCCUGUGAAUGGUGUUGUGCAGCCUCGUGUGAUACCGCCACCAGGGAAACCUACACGUCAUACUAACCAAUUGGAUUUCAUCAUGAAAGAAGUUUUGAAACCAGCUAUGCGCCACAAGCAUGCGUGGCCCUUCAUGAAGCCGGUUGAUGCUGCCCGGUUAGGCCUGCCGGAGUACCAUAAGGUUAUUAAACGGCCAAUGGAUAUGACAACAAUCGAGAAACGCUUGAAGAAUUGUUAUUAUUAUUCUGCUAAAGAUUGCAUGGAGGAUAUAAUGACACUGUUCAACAAUUGCUACACGUUCAAUCCACCCGAAUUUCCGAUUUAUUCGAUGGCUAAGGGUCUCGAACAGUUUAUGCUGAACAGACUCGCUUCAAUGCCCGCUGAAGAUUUUGAAGCUAUUUUCUACAAUUGUUAUACAUUCAAUGAAAAUGAAGACGACGUUUCAUUGAUGUGCAAAAAUAUAGAGAAUCUAUAUCGCGAAAAAAUCAAGUUGAUGCCUCCUCAGGAGGUUGAGAUUUCGAGGCCAGUUCCCAAGCGGGGCGGGAAGGUUCCACGCGGACGAGGUGCCGGAAGGACUAGCUCAACUGCUAAAGGAGCAAGCCGAGAGUCAUCCGUUUCUAUUCAAACAGGUAUUGCUGAUAGUUCUUCAGUAGUGGAUUCGGCGAAUGACACUCCUCCCGUAUUAACAGCCUCUGGCACAAUAGACGAUGUCCAUCCCUCUCCAUCUGUUUCUAAUCCUCCUGUCCCGAUUCAUCCUGCUCUGCCUUCCAAGAAGGGUGUCAAAAGAAAAGCAGAUACUACUACAUCUUUUGGCGAAGAGGCUGGCGGGAAAGUAUCUACUCGUCGUGAGUCAGGUCGCCCGCCAAAGAAGCCAAAGUACUAUAUAGAUUAUGCUCAGCUUAAACCUCGAUUUAAAGGGAAAUGGACUGAGCAAAUGAAAUACUGUCAGCGUUUGAUCAAUGAGUUGUUUACAAAGAAGUGCAAGGCGUUUGCUUGGCCGUUCCUUGAGCCUGUUGAUGUAGAAGGGCUGAAUUUGACAGACUAUUAUGACAUUGUUAAGGAACCAAUGGAUAUAGGAACCAUAAGAAAAAAAAUGGACAAUAAGCAAUACGCAAACCCAGAGGAAUUGAAACGGGACUUCUUGCUGGUGUGUGAUAACUGCUUUAAGUAUAAUCCUCCAUCGGACCCUGUGCAUCUACAGGGCAAAACCCUUCAGAAAUUUAUUGAAGACAAAUGGAAACAGAUGCCUGAAGAACCAGCGCCUCUGGAGAUUGAAGUGGCUGCUUCUGGUUCUGGAGCAGUUCCCAGUUCUGGAUUAGGUACAUCAACUGGACCACUAACCGCUUCUAAUUCAUCGACAGUUAAAGAGGAGCCAAUAACUGCAACUGUUGCUGCAGUCCCCUUAGAUGUUUGUAGCGGAUUUGUUGACAACGAUGAUCACAUUGACCUUCUUCUUUUGGCAUUGCAGACGGAAAUGACUAAGUAUCAGGAGAAGAUUGCAGAAUUGCAGCGUCAUGUAACCGAAAUAUUUAAUUUGAAGAUGAAAAGACGAGAAGCUAAGCAGACUCAGCAGCCGGUACCAGUGCUUUCUGCAGCGACGGUAAAUACAUUGCAGUCAAUCGUAUCGACGUCUCUAUCUUUUGUUAAUUCUGGAGCUGGUGCCUCCGUACUUUUGCCUCCCUCAAGAAUUUCUCCUGGCCCAACGCGCAUUUCGCCCGUGAUACCUUCAGCUACUGCAAAAAAGAAGCCUGGUCGGCCAGCUAGGAAUUACCAGCCAACUGCUCCUAUAUCACCAGUCGCGCAGCAGCGAGUAGCAGUUGCUCCCGCACCUGAACCCCAAUCGAUAAUGGAGGUAAAACCUAUUGUUAGUAACCAGAUGACUUCUAAAAAUGUUCCGUAUCAGCGUACAAUUGAAACUCCGGCAACGAGUACGUCAAGUAGGAGUUUACCACCGCAAAGUAUGCAAAUGCAAAAUUUGUCAGUGCAGAAGGCCGCUUCAGUAGAUACCCCUCAGCCCAUAAGGAAGCGAGGAAGGCAGCCGGGUUCCAAAAAUAAGCCUAAACCAGACACGUCACAACAAGUGGCUGUUCCUCCCGCUCCUGCUGUGCAACAUCCUUUGCCGUCAUCGAAACGCAGCAAGGAGGAUUAUGAGUUUGAUUCUAGCGAUGAACAUAGCGCUGAACCAAUGAGUUACGAUGAGAAAAGGCAGUUGUCUCUCGACAUCAAUAAGUUACCAGGAGAUAAGCUUAGCAGUGUUGUGAGUAUAAUCGAGUCUCGCGAAGCGCUCCGUGACUUUAACCCGGAGGAGAUCGAAAUUGAUUUUGAAACAUUGAAACCUACGACUUUACGUGAAUUAGAAGCAUUUGUGGCAUCUUGUUUGAAGAAGAAGCCGAGGAAGCCGUAUAAUCCAAAAUCUCAGAAAGAUGUGGAUAUUAAGAAACAUGAGUUAGAGGAAAGGAUAAAGAUUGAAAAUGGUGCCAUUACAAAGGGUAAAAACGAUGCUUCUUCUUCAGAUUCUUCAUCGAGUGACGACUCCUCGUCUGAUGAGUCGUCAUCUGAUUCUUCUGAUUCUGAAUCAGGUUAG